AUGGCGCGCACAACUGCUCAGACCACUUCUGACACACCCGCCGCUGCAUCAUCUGCUGCGCACCCAAAGGGAGUCACAAAGCGCCGCUCGACUCGGAUAAACUCGAAGGUUUCGUCACGCUUGGCGGCUUCGGCGAGCAGUAACAGCUAUCUGCAGAGCAUGGCGAAUGAGGCCGCGGAAGUUGUCGCUGGCGCUGCGAGCAGCAGUUGCAAGGGAAAGGGAAAGGGCAAGGUAGUCGAACAGCCGCCCUCAGCAGAAGACGACGAUUGGGAUAUGUUGGAGGACAUUGUGAAUGAGACACCUCCUGCCAACGCAGUCUGCCCUAUCAUCGACAAGGACACGAAGCCGUUCCCUAUCAUGGAGCUGCCCACGGAGAUACGCCUCGAGAUUUACCGCGCGUGUCUGACUCGACCAUACAAUAUCUUGCUGUCCAAGAGAGAGCAGCCGCCCCAGCCAGAACCCGAGACUGAAGCCGAUAAGUGCAGCCUUACGCUCUCCGAUAGCCAGUCGGACGCGGACGACACCGACGAGGAUGCGAGUGUGCGCGUGAGUACGCGUACACGCCAGCAGCGUGCCUCGACUUUCCACAGCCAUAAUGCGACUCGCUCUCCUUUGACCCACGCGCCCCGGGGUCUGCUAUCUCGUGGUACCCGUCCCAUCCGCCUGCUCUCUAGCCGCUCUGCACCCGGCUCAUCAUCUGGAAACACUGGCAACAAUAAUAACAACUCUGCACAGAGCUGGCAGCCUCAGGCCAACAAUGGUGUUGUCUUCCGUCCAGCUACGUCCCGCCCAGCUCGGAGGAACGUGGGGAAUACACGCAGUGUGAUGGUGCCUCCUGUCAACGAGCCACCCCGCCUCCAGACCGAGGAUCCUCUGCUCGUCAACAUUUUGCGCGCUAGCAAGGAGAUUUACAAGGAGGCACGCAGCGUACUGUACAGUGAGAACCUGUUCACCUUGGAUCUGAACACGGCCAUGCGAACUCUCGCUUGCCUGCACCAGCGAUCUCGACGCCAGAUCAAGCAUGUCGAAUUGGAGAUCCCGACUUAUAACGAAAUUCUGGAGCGCUUUCAAGAGACUGUGCGCCUAAGCUUGCGAUAUUGUUCUGGUCUGAAGAAGUUUGUCAUCGACAUGCCGUUCACUCUGCCCGGCGCCGACGGCAGCGGCACGACUGGCAACACUACUGUCUAUGCCAAUGGAUUCGACAUCCUGCGCUGGCUUCCACAGGAAUGUGACGUUAUUCUGACCGGCAACACGUGUGUGGAAAUUGACACGGUCGUCAACAAGCACCUGCAAUUGGCAAAGACGCUCGACAAGGUGAGUCGCGCCAACUUUCAGUAUUGCAAUGUUCACCAAUACUGGGGUGGUCUGGGAGUCGCAGAAGCAGCAGAAUAA